GGACUCGCACUUUUUUUUCCCCCCUUUUUAAGACCCGUCCUUCCUCUCUGGUACUUGGCCAGAUUUCCUGUUGUUGACUUGAAGUACCGUUCCAUCGGCAAGCACCUGGACAUGUCACUUCCUCUUUCCUCGGGAAGCAUCGCUCCUCUCUGAACGCUGAGAGAGAGAGAGAGAGAGAGGGAGAGAGAGGAAGGGGCAGUGAACAGGGACAUUGAGUGGCAUAGCUCCCAGGGAAUUCUGGCUUUCACUCGAGCUUUUUCGGACUGUAAACUAAUCCCUCUCAACGUUCAGCGAGGGCUGAAGCGACACAGAGAGAGGGGGUAGGGGAGUGGUGUGACGAGGUCUCCGUGCAAGGAAAGGGAGUUUUGUGUUUGUCUGCUUUUGUGGUGCGUUUUUCAAGCGUUUUAAAGGUUUUGCUGCAAUUCCUUGGAGGAAUCGUUCAGCUGUAAACAUGCCGGAGCGUGCAGCUGGAAAUGAGUACAGGCAGAGAGCUCCAGUUUGAGAGGCUGACCCGGGAGCUGGAGGUGGAGCGACAGAUUGUGGCCAAUCAGCUGGAACGAUGCCGACUGGGGGCGGAGUCACCAGAAAACGAGAGUGGCAGUUCCUCUGAAAGGUCACUUCACUGGAGACCCACAGAUGUGUCAAGUUCUGCCGAUGCCAAAUCUGUCAGGGAGCAGCUGUCACUGUGCUCACCGGAGCAGAGCUCCCUGCACGAAAGUGAGGGGUCCGUUGGGAACUCGCGCAGUUCCACUCAGAUGAACUCGUAUUCUGACAGCGGCUACCAGGAUGCAGGCAGCUACUACAGCAGCCAGAACAUGGGAAGGUCGGAGGUGCGGCUGCAGCACGCAUACCCAAGCAGCGGUCCUGCUGCCAGUGGCACACUCAUGAGGAACUCCAGGGCAGAGGGCCAGGCUUCCAGCCAGAUGACAGGUAGCGUCGGUGGAGCGAUCCCAGGACGAGCCAUGCGGCGUGUGAGCUCUGUGCCAUCCAGGACACAGUCACCCGCCUACAGUACGAGUAUCUCUCCCUCACGUGGGUCAUUGCGGGCAUCACCGGGCAGUGCCUACGGUUCACCCAUCGUGACUGAGCCCAAGCCUCUGCCCAGCAUCUUUUCCAGCAGCACCCUGCCCAACUCCCAGCGGGCCAGCUCUCCGUUCUCGGGCCAAAGGAACUCGCCCUCCACCCUGCGCAGGAUGGGCUCGGGCGCCGGCCGUACCAUCUCGCCCUACUCGGCACGUCUGGGCUCACCUCUCAGCGUGGCAGGGGAAGAAGGACAAGCAGCAUCGGGUUCGUCUCCAGUGCGAGCAGGAAUGACAGCCGUGCCGCAGCAUUACGGGUCCACGUUGCCGAGGACGCUGCUGCACGAGGGCGCCGAUCCCUACAGCACACACUCGUAUGAGAUCUACGAGAGGAUGGUGCCACGACCAGACAGCUUGGCAGCAGGUCUGCGAUCGUCCUUCGCGAGUCAACACAGUCAUCACGGAGCUGAUCUGCACUCAACUGUGAGUCCAGACCGCCAUAUUGGACCCAUCUACGAAGACCGAGCCUUUCACGGGCCCCUGUAUCGCAGCCCCAGCCACCUUACACACGCCUCCCCACUUUACAGAUCGCCUUCAGGUGUGGGGAACCUGCAGAGGAGCUCCAGCCAGCGCAGCAACAUGACGUACCAAAGAAGCAACUACACAGCAGUGACGUACUCGGACUCGUACCGCUCUGGCCCGUACCGACCGUCUGACGGCGGCAGUUUCACCCGGCACGCCAUCGGCAUCGACGAACGAGCCAUUCGCUCUCCCUCCAUCGACAGUAUUCAGAAAGACCCCAGAGAGUUUGCGUGGCGGGACCCAGAGUUGCCAGAAGUGAUUCACAUGCUGCAGCAUCAGUUCCCCUCUGUGCAGGCCAACGCUGCAGCUUACCUUCAGCAUCUGUGUUUUGGAGAUAACCACAUUAAGGCAGAGGUGUGUCGGCUGGGCGGGAUCAAGCACCUGGUGGAUCUGCUGGACCACAAGGUUGUGGAGGUGCAGCGGAACGCAUGCGGCGCCCUGAGAAAUCUGGUGUAUGGCAAAGCCACCGAUGACAACAAGGUCGCCGUGAGAAAUGCCGGGGGCGUGCCGGCUCUGCUCCGCCUACUGAGGAAGACGGUGGAUGCAGAAGUGCGAGAGAUCAUCACAGGGGUCUUGUGGAACUUGUCCUCCUGUGACGCUGUUAAGAUGACAAUCGUCCACGAUGCCUUAACAACUCUUACCAACACUGUGAUCAUUCCCCACUCGGGCUGGAGCAGCUCAUCCUACGACGACGACCACAAGCUCAAAUUCCACUCGUCACUCGUGCUGCGUAACACCACCGGCUGCCUGAGGAACCUGAGCUCGGCAGGAGAGGAGGCCAGGAAGCAGAUGCGUUGCUGCGAAGGACUCGUCGACUCGCUGCUGUACGUCAUCAAAGCCUGCGUCAGCACCGCCGACUUCGACAGCAAGAUUGUGGAGAACUGUAUUUGCACUCUGAGGAAUCUCUCGUACCGGUUGGAGCUGGAGAUGCCACCUUCACGGCUGAUGGAUAACCAGGAGACAGACGGCUUGCUGGGGACUGAGUCACCCAGCAAAGAGGCAGACUCCAGCUGCUGGGGCAGGAAGAGGAAGAAAAAGAAGAAGAGUGUACAGGAGGACCAGUGGGACGGCGUGGGGCCGAUCCCCGGUUUCUCCAAGUCUCCUAAAGGCGCUGAGAUGCUGUGGCACCCUGCAGUGGUGAAGCCUUACCUCACGCUUCUGGCCGAGAGCUCCAACCCCGCAACACUAGAGGGCGCUGCUGGCUCACUGCAGAAUCUUUCAGCUGGGAACUGGAAGUUCUCAGCGUAUAUCCGCGCAGCAGUGCGGAAAGAGAAAGGUUUGCCCAUCCUGGUGGAGCUGCUGAGGAUGGAUAACGACCGGGUGGUGUGUUCUGUCGCCACAGCGCUCAGAAACAUGGCACUGGACGUCAGGAACAAGGAGCUGAUCGGGAAGUAUGCGAUGCGAGACUUGGUGAACCGGCUGCCCGGAGGAAGCACCACUCAGCUGUCUGAUGAAACCGUAGCAGCCAUUUGCUGCACGCUCCACGAGGUCUCCAGCAAAAACAUGGAGAACGCCAAAGCUCUCGCCGACACGGGAGGCAUCGAGAAACUCGUCAACAUCACCAAGGGACGUGGAGAAAGGUACUCGAUGAAGGUGGUGAAGGCUGCAGCGCAGGUGCUCAACACACUGUGGCAGUACAGAGACCUGCGCACGAUCUACAAGAAGGACGGGUGGAAUCAGAACCACUUCUUGACUCCUGUGUCCACACUGGAGAGAGACCGCUUCAAAUCUCAGCCCACAUUACCCUCAAACUCCCUGCAGAUGUCUCCAGUCAAUAAGACAGCGGGCAGCAGCACCUCGUCUCCAGCCGUGUUAGGGAUUAAAGAGCAGCGCUCCGAUUACCAGAGGACGCAGCCAGCUAUGCAAUUUCAUAACUACAAAGGAGACAGCAGUGUGCAUAAAACCCCAUACACAGGGUCAGUGAAAUCGUCUCCGUUUUAUCUCAGCUCUUACUCCUCACCCAGCAGAGACGACUCCAGGAGAGGACAGCAGCACGUGUAUUACGCGGAUGAGACCGGACGGAGGGGCUACGAGCCGUAUCGGACGUACGUGCAGUCCCCGCAGGGAUACGACGACCCGUACCUGGAGGAGACCGUGCAGUACUCGACUGCAGACUACCCCACACAGCCUCACACACUCAAAGCCACCACCAACUACGUGGACUUUUACUCGAGCACACGCAGAGCUUCAUUCCGCACUGAUCAGUACCCGGGCUCACCAGACUCCUGGGUAUAGAGACACGAAAUAUGAACCGACAGCACCCUCAGUACUGUGUGUGAUUUGAACAGAGAUGGAUUCUGAACGUGGCUGAUGAGAGAGAUUUUUUUUUUUUAAAGUGAACGUUUAGCCAAAGAAGGAAGAGAAGCAAAGUAUGUGUGUGUUUUUUAAUCCAAGGAAGCAGAAAGGAAGUCAAACUGGUGCGUGAGAGAGAGAGAGAGAGAUAGUGAAUCGAGAGCCUGAUGUAUCUGUAGACCAGAGUUCUGCUCUGAUUUUAUUUUCUUAUGGCAGUGCAGGUGACCCGAGGAAGCAGCGUGUGAUGUGCAGGAAGGUUUGCGUUAGAGAAUCAGACAAGGAAACGUGUAUGAACUUCGACUGAAAUCCAUGAUGAACUUGUACCUGUAAAAAAACAAAAAACAAACAAAAGAAAUAACGAUAAUAUUAAUGAUUUUAAGACGUUAGCUUAAACAGAGGGAACAAAUCCGUAUACGUACUUCUCGUUGAGAUUGUGAAUGCCAUUGAGUCUUGUACAUUUCCUUCAGAACACUGUAAAUACAGAAAAGAGAGAAAGUAAAUGCAGUGUCACAUUAAAGAGAUGUAGAAAUCUAUAAAUAUACAGAACUAAAAGCAGAAGGCUGCAGGCCUGGCACCAUGAUACUACAGUCUAUCUGAAGUAAUAAAAAUCCAUCUUUGUUUUUUAUAAA